UAUUAACCAGCCAUCUUCCAAGUCGAUUGUUAAGGACAUAAUUCAGAGCUGCCUGGGAAUCUACUGCAACAUGAAAAUCGCUGAAGCCUGCAUCCAAGGACCAAUUUGUAGCAAAGAGCAAAGACUUGAUUUUCGCAUCCAAGGCAGAGUCAGCUUGUAGCGCGAAGGACAUAGCAAACACCAAAGCUCCAUCAUGAUUUCUCAUAAUCGCUCCUCCAUAAGAUCCCUAAGGGUGUCACUAGCCAACAGGUGCAAUGGAAUGGCAGUGAGGACAUGCUUAAUCAAUAUCAGUCUGCCUGCUUGAGUUAAGUUCUUAUGUUUCCAAGGUGUCAGUUUAGCCUCAAAUUUAUUAAUGAGAUCCAGACAGUAGGAAUAUCUGUUAAUGCCUUUAUGAAGGUUGACCCCAAGAUAUUUUAUAGGCAAUUCAGUCUUCUGCAUGCCCAGAAAAUUCUGAAUAACAGUACCUCUACCCCCAACAUGUUUGCCACAAAUGUAAGAACUUUUAUCAAGGUUUACAGACUGACCAGAGGCCAUUUGAUAAUCCUGAAUGAAUUUCAUGAAAUUCUUUAAGGAUCUUGCACCACCAUUAAUAAAAACCAGUAAGUCAUCUGCAUAAUCUAAGUGGGAUACAGGAUGACCUAUAUUUCCCAUCCAGAAUGGUUGAAUAAUCCUACUUCAACCAAAAAAAUUAAUCCCCUAGAAAAAGCCUAUAAAGCUAAUAUGAAAAGGAAGGGGGAUAAAGGGUCACCCCGUUUAACACCCCUUUUAGGCUUAAAAUAACCAUGAGGGCACCAUUAACUAGGAUUGACAAAUUAGUGGAAUGCAGAUUAUUCAUAAUAAGAUGAGUAAAACUUUGAGAGAACCCAAAUUGCAGCAUUAUAUCUUUAAGAAAUUUCCAAGAUAAUUUGUCAAAAGUCUUAGCCAUAUCAAGCUUGAUCAUAAUAUUAGAACCCCUCACAUUUUUAUCAAUAACAUGCACCAUUGCCUCACCAAUUAAAACUUGAUCUGCUAUGUACCUCCCCUCCAUAAAUCCAGCUUGCUCAGGUGAUAUUAACCUAGGCGGGAUUGUAGAUAACCUAGUGGUCAAAACCUUUGUACAAAUUUUGCUACUAAAAUUUGAUAAACAUAUGGGCCUAAAAUCUACAAAAGUAAUAGGGAGAUCCUUCUUGGGGAUGAGAACCACCAGGCUGAUUGACAACCCUGAGGGAUAGACAACCCCAUGAAGAAUUCUUGUACUGCGAGGACUACAUCUUUUCCAACUAUAUUCCAACACUUUUUAAAAAAUUUACCAUCGAAGCCAUCCGGGCCUCGAGCCCCAUUUUGGUUCAGACCCCAAACGACAUCUUUAACUUCACUCAUGUUAGGAAGUUGCAUCAACAUUUGGUUAUCUGCAUCAUUGACUAACUUUGGAAUGUAUUGCAGGAUGGACUCAGAAUCAACAUUGUUAUCAACUGAGUACAGACUAGAGAAAAAAUCAAUAGCUGUUUUCCAAUUUCUGUCAACCAGCCCUGAAAACCACUUUUAACCACCUUCAAAUGAUGUUCUGAGAAAGCAAGUUGUGGACUGAGUAGGUACCUCAGGUACUGUUGCCUCAGGGCAGAUCACUGUUGACUCUAGUCAAAUCAACAACACAUAAUUACAGCAGGAUGUGCAUAAAGAAAACCAAACACCAGUAAUUGCAGAACAACAAAAUUCCCCUGAAACCAUGCCAGAAAACAAUGCAGUUGAUACUUAGGGAUUCACAGUAGUUACCAACAGAAAAAAUAAAAAGAAAGACAUGUCUGGCCAUGGAACCACCUUCAUGGAACCUCAUACAUGGAACCACUUUUAAGCACCUUCAAAACCACUUUGCAGAAAGUUCUGGCCAUGUCUCCUUCCAUUUCUGCAGGUCAAACUGAGAUCUAGAUUGUUUACCAUCUGAGGCACAAUCUUUUUCGCGCAGGUCUUCAUCAAAGUCUAAUUGCUUUUGUAAAUCCUUAAAUGCAAAUCAUCCUUGUAGGCUUUGUUAUGUGUACCAGGGGUUGCAGGCUGAAGCAACUGAUCAAUCUCUUGCUGAUUAAAAGUUUGAGGUGGUUCAGACAGUAUAGGUUGAUCCUCAAUAUCCGGAAAUAUCUCCUCUCUGUCAGAUUCUUCAACAUUAUUUAUAAUCAAUUGUGUAGACGUAGAUGGCACAUCAUGAACUUGUGUGGGUUGUGUUGUAAACUGGACUUUCUUCAACUUUUGC